AUGCAUUCUGCCUAUCUCUUGCCUCUUCUGGCUGGACUCGCUGCUUCGCAGUCGACCAGCACCGACAUCCCGGCCGACGCAGUCCCAACUCCGGACGCAUUGGACGUUGAUUUCCUUCGCGACAUUCCUGCCCCUACUUACACUACUAUCGAGGGUGUUCUGUCUCAGGAUGUCCCUUACGCAACUGCCACGGCUAUCGAGUCCGCUGCUGCCGACGUCUCCGAGACUCCUCUGAGCGUCUUUCCGGCUGUCACCACCGUCCCCAUCAACGCCGCUGGUGAAUCCGAUGCAGUCGAAACCGGCACCCCGUCCAAGCGCGGUGCUGCUGCUGCCGCUGCCGCCGCCCUCGAAAGGCGUGCGGCUUGCGAUUCUCAGGCCACCAUUGCGAACUACUACGACGUCGACGUCUCGAGCUAUGCCAGCUUCAAGGCUGACACCAAGAUCUCUCAAGUGGCCAACGACGCCGCAACUCCCUCGGGCUACUUCAACAACUUCAAGAACAAGGACGCUGCCAACAGCGCAUAUGGUUACUUGGGCUACAAGGUCCUGCAGACCGGCUACGAUGUCGACAACUGCGCCCAGGAAUGUACCGACAAGGAGGGAUGCCUUGGCUUCAACAUCUUCUUCGAAAGAGAUCCCACCAUCGAGCCCGGUGAUGGUUGCACCAACCCUACUGCUUUUGCAAACAUCAAGUGCUCCUUCUGGGGCAGCGCUCUCGACGAGACCACGGCUACCAAUUCGGGACAGUGGCGAGCGGACUUUCAAGUUGGUAUUGCUGGCUCUAAUGCCUAUACCUCUGAGAAGGUUGGCCCUACUCUCGACGGGUGGGAUGCUCCCCUGAGACUCAACAACGCCGCCAUGAACGCCCCUCUGCGUGAUUGUGCCAACACCUGGACCUACAUGGGCUACAAGUUCUUCAACGACGGUCCCUUCAGCGUCGAGGCCUGUGCCGCCGCCUGCGAUGCCCAAACCGAAUACAAUAUUGCCCACCCGCCGUCGUCUGGAUAUGUUCCCCUUUGCGCCGCAUUCGGCACUUACCUUCUCACGAAGACCACUUCCUCGGGCUCCGUUAUCCAGGGCCAGAUCUGCACGAUGUACACUUCCGCUUGGGACGCCGAGUAUGCUGUCAACACUGCUUCGUACGAUGACUCUAUUGGAGCCAAGUACACCUACAGCUACAGCUUCUUCUACUCCAAGCCGCAAAAUCAGCCUGUCUGCGCUGCGGAUCUCUCCUAUCUCGAGAGCUCCGGCGCCGAGUUCUGCUCGUCUUACAUCAGCUACACUCCCAGCACCUCGACCGCGAUCUCCACCACGGUUCCCGGUGUGUCGACUGUUUACCAGACGACCGAUUCGACGACCACCACGACCGUCUACACCAGCACUGCGACUGUGACUGCAACCGGCGGAAGCUUGAGGAGGAGAGAUGACGAUGCCGACUUCACCGGCAGUGACUACAGCAUUGACAUCAGCACUUCCACUGUGUCCAUCCCCAACAAGUCCGCCAUCGGCAACUCGACCGUCGCUCCUACCGACGUCCAGAUUGCCAAGCGUGCCGUCGCCACCCCUGCCUCCAUCACGGGCUGGCCCGCUGCCAAGAUCUCGGCUGCUUGCUCAAACGUCGCCACCGGUGUUGUCACCACCACCAGCAUCUCCACUGCCCCGGUUCCUCUGACUACUGCCGUUGUCACCCGCACCGCUACCCAGACCGUGUCUACCGUGUCUACUUUGACCGUCCCCGCCGUCCUGCUCUCUUCGCCGACCACCAUCGUUUCCGGCCGCACCACGAGCUCUGAUGACAACUACUACCGUCUGGAGCUUCCCUUCGCCAUCAGCGCCUAUGGCGUCUCCAGCAGCGUCGUCUACCUCACAGAUAACUCAGUAUUGUACUGGCCAAGCUCUGAUGCUAGCCAGAACUACGGCUGGGAGUACACCAACUAUGCUCUUCCCUACAGCACCUCGUCCUUCGGCAGUGCCGCACUCUUCGGUCUUUGGGACGACCUGUACGUCUACUACGGCACCAACCAGGGUAUCUACUACGACGUGACCGGCGCCGUCGGCAGCCGCACCGUCCUCUUCGAGUUCUACACGUCCGCCUUCAGCCGUUCCAACGAGUACUACCACUUCACCAUCACCAUGUCCGAGAACAACCCGGGCGUGGCCGUGUACAGGUACUACGACGUCUACCAGUCGGGCUACUCGGCCACCGUCGGUGCCCAGAAGAGGGGCGGUCAGUCCGUCCAGUACUCCUUCAACCAGGCCGUCAUCACCCCUGGCCUCAUGCUCACGGUUGAUACCAACACCAACACCAUCACCCGUGGCUCUUUCACCCCGUAA